CCUCCGGACGGAACGGGCAGCGCAUGCGCCGUGAGGAUGAGGCUCCAUCCUCUCGGUGCUUUGGGAGCGUCGCGGCGGAGGAGACGGAGCAUCCUCCCAUGAGCGCCGUGUAGGAGCCCUCUUUCCCGGACAGACGCAGCGAUCCUCGCACAGGAGAAUGGCGAAGCACCGCCCGGAACGGGACAGCUGGGGGUCCCUCAGUGACAAAAACGUCUACGACUGGAGCUCGGAGGAGGAGGAGCCAGACGGGCGAGCCCGCCCCAUCCAGGUGCUGCUGGUCAAAGACGACCACACCUUCGAGCUGGACGAGGCGGCGCUGAGCCGCAUCCUGCUGGCCGAGGAGGUCCAGGACCGGGAGGUGGUGGCCAUCUCUGUGGCGGGGGCUUUCCGUAAGGGAAAGUCCUUCCUGAUGGACUUCAUGCUGCGCUUCAUGUACAACCACACGACUGAAAACUGGCUCGGGGAUUCAGACGAGCCUCUGACCGGCUUCUCCUGGAGGGGGGGCUCGGAGAGGGAGACCACCGGGAUCCAGAUCUGGAAUGAGGUCUUUCUGGUGGACAAACCCGAUGGAAGGAAGGUCGCUGUGCUGCUGAUGGACACGCAGGGAACGUUUGACAGCCAGUCCACCCUGAGGGACUCCGCCACCGUGUUCGCUCUGAGCACCAUGAUAAGCUCCAUGCAGGUCUACAACAUCUCACAGAACGUGCAGGAGGAUGACCUCCAGCACCUGCAGCUUUUCACGGAGUACGGGAGGCUGGCCAUGGAGGAGACCUUCCUCAAACCCUUCCAGUCCAUGAUUUUCCUGGUGCGAGAUUGGAGUUUUCCAUACGAGUUCCCAUACGGGCUGGAAGGAGGAACCAAGUUCCUGGAGAAGAGGCUGAAGAUCUCAGAGAACCAGCACGAGGAGCUGCAGAACGUCCGCAAACACAUCCACUCCUGCUUCACCAACAUCUCCUGCUUCCUGAUGCCGCAUCCCGGCCUCAAGGUGGCCACCAACCCCCACUUUGACGGGAGGAUUAAAGAGAUCGACGGCGAGUUCAUCAACAACCUGAAGGUUCUGGUUCCUUGGCUCCUCAGUCCUCGGAACAUCGACGUGAAGGAGAUCAACGGCAGCAGGAUCACCUGCAGAGGCCUGCUGGAGUACUUCAAGGCCUACAUCAAGAUCUACCAGGGCGAGGAGCUGCCCCACCCCAAGUCCAUGCUGCAGGCCACGGCGGAGGCCAACAACUUGGCGGCGGUUGCGGCUGCAAAGGACCUGUACAACAAAAAGAUGGAGCAGGUCUGCGGCGGCGACCGGCCCUUCCUGGCGCCCAGCGAGCUGCAGGCGCGCCACAGCGGCCUGAGGGAGGAGGCGCUGCAGCUGUUCCGCAGCGUGAAGAAGAUGGGCGGCGAGGACUUCAGCCGGCGGUACCUGCAGCAGCUGGAGGGCGAGAUCGACGAGGUCUUCGUCCAGUACAUCAAGCACAACGACUCCAAGAACAUUUUCCACGCCGCCCGCACGCCCGCCACGCUCUUCGUGGUCAUCUUCGUCAUGUACGUGGCGGCGGGGAUCACGGGCUUCGUGGGCGUGGACAUCAUCGCCAGCUUGUGCAACAUGAUCCUGGGGCUGGCGCUCAUCACGCUCUGCACCUGGGCUUACAUCCGCUACUCCGGCGAGUACCGGGAGCUCGGCGCCGUCAUCGACCAGGUGGCCGGAGCGCUGUGGGACCAGGGAAGCACCAAUGAGGCGCUCUACAAGCUCUACAACGUGGCGGCCAAUCACAGACACCUGUAUCACCACGCUUUCCCGGGGCCGCGGGUGGACGAGGGGGCGGAGCCGGAGAAGAAGACCGACUGAUGAUGACGGAGGGACUGAACUGGUGAUGAAGAGGAGGAGGAGCAUCCUCCCCUCCCCCAUCGGGCACUCUUUAUUCAGACUCCGGCCGGCGCCGCUCCCCGGGAGCGUCUUGGCGUUCUGCUGGAGGAGCCCAUGAAGCUCCGCCCCCUCACUACGCUUCUCCUCUGAGAGCCGCUUGUGUCCGUUGAUGUGUCGUUGUGUGCCGCAGCCGCAUGCGCGUCCUCACCUUGUUUCGAUGGUUGUGACAAAGUGCUGUUGUGCCGUCUCGCCUGCAGUUCCUGCACGCCUGCGCCGGGGGGGCGAGUCGGAGGAACGCCGCCGCCCCUCAGGUCGCGGGCGAGCUGCAGGAAGCCGGGCUGCAGACGUGUUCUCAUCUCAUGAAUGCUCUCAGAGGAACCUCAUCACAGUUGGACCAAACCGCAGGAGCGCCGCGCUCGUCACUCGCCACCGUGACGUCCGUCAUCAGGUCUGAAGGACGAGACUUUUUUACUGGUUUGGACGUCUUCGUUCGUUUGAAACUUUGAGUUUUAUUUGGAAACAUCUAAAUGUGACAAAUAUGUACAAAGGAAGCAGAAAUGGUUGUCUGGCUGAUGAAGUAAACGUUCAUCUCCUCCUUUA